UGAUCCCAGGGACACCGAGGGACACGUCAAUGAGGUCUACAGAGAUGCCACCACCCCAGAUGGACUGGUCACCGCGGCCCCGGGAGGGGACAAGGUGCUGGUGGCCACCGGUGGGGACGUCAUUGUGGAGGGGACACCGGAACCCGCUGUCACCAGUGGCCUUGGGGACAGUUUAGGACACGUCAGCGAGGUCUCUGAAGGUGCCACCACCCCGGGGGGACUGGUCACCCCAACCCCAGGAGGGGACAAGGUGCUGGUGGCCACUGGCAGUGACGUCCUUGUGGAGGGGACAGACCAGCCUGGUGUCACCGGUGACCCCGGGGACACUUUGGGACACGUCAACGAGGUCCAUGAAGGUGCCACCACCCUGGUUGGACUGGUCACCCCAACCCCGGGAGGGGACAAGGUGCUGGUGGCCACUGCCAGUGACGUCAUCGCAGAGGGGAUACAAGAACCGGGUGUCACCGGCGACCCUGGGGACACUUUGGGACACGUCAACGAGGUCUACGGAGAUGCCACCACCCCGGUUGGACUUGUCCCUACACCCCCAGAAGGGGACAAGGUGCUGGUGGCCACUGGCAGUGACGUCCUUGUGGAGGGGACAGAAGAACCGGGUGCCACCGGUGACCCCGGGGACACUUUGGGACGUGUCACCGAGGUCUACGGAGAUGCCACCACCCCAGUGGCCGCUGUCCCCACAUCCCCAGGACGUGACAAGGUGCUGGUGGCCCACGGUGGGGAC